AUGUCUGUGUCAAUGAAGAGAAAGAAGCAUCAUGCACACACAGAGAAAUCCAGAAUUAUUGGACUUCUCGUCGCGCGUUUCCUUCGCCAUCGGCUCCUCCACCGCCCUCUCAUCUCCGCCGUCUCCGGUUCCCUUCUCCUGCUCUUCGCCGCGCUGUCUCUGUUUGCUCCGUCACCUGUGGAGCGCGUGAAUGGACCAGCAUUGAAUUCAAAUCAGGAUUCAGCGUUUCGAGUUCCGGCGAUUGGAGGUAGUUGCGGGCGUGAUUUAUGGAGUUCAAUGCACUCAGAGCUUUUCUCUGGCUGCAGUAACGCCAGUGUCAACUUUGCAAAGGCUAAUGUCAAAACACAUCCAGAUCGAUACUUGUUGAUCGCCACCAGUGGAGGCUUAAAUCAACAGAGAACAGGGAUAAUCGAUGCUGUUGUCGCUGCAUAUCUUUUGAAUGCUACUCUUGUUGUUCCAGAGUUGGAUCAUACAUCUUUCUGGAAAGACACCAGCCACUUUUCCGAACUAUUUGAUGCAGACUGGUUUAUAACAUCUCUCCAGAAUGACGUAAGAAUUAUAAAACAGCUUCCAGAUAUGGGAGAGAAAUUUGUGGCUCCAUAUACAAUGCGUGUUCCAAGGAAAUGCACCCCCAAGUGUUAUGAGGAUCGAGUUUUACCCGUGAUGCUCAAGAAGCGUGCUGUUCGGCUCACUAAGUUUGACUACAGACUUUCUAAUAUGUUGGAUGAAGAUCUACAAAGGCUGAGGUGCAGAGUUAACUACCAUGCUCUCAAAUUUACGGAUUCCAUUCAAGUAAUGGGUAACUUGUUGGUUGAGCGGAUGAGAUUGAAAAGCAAGCAUUUCAUUGCUUUACAUUUGAGGUUUGAACCGGAUAUGCUUGCAUUCUCUGGUUGCUAUUAUGGCGGGGGAAACAAAGAAAGAAUAGAACUUGGUGAAAUCAGGAAGCGGUGGAAAAGUUUACAUGUAAGCAAUCCUGACAAAGUUCGAAGGCAUGGAAGAUGCCCGCUUACCCCAGAGGAAGUUGGUAUUAUGCUUAGAGCACUAGGUUUUGGAAGUGACGUGCAUUUGUACGUGGCAUCUGGCGAAAUAUAUGGAGGUGAGGAAACGUUAGCACCCCUCAAGGCACUUUUCCCAAACUUCCAUUCAAAGGAGACCUUAGCUACCAAGGAGGAGUUGGCACCAUUUGUAUCAUUUUCUUCUCGCAUGGCUGCACUUGAUUAUAUAGUUUGUGAUGACAGUGACGUUUUUGUCACAAACAACAAUGGUAACAUGGCCAAAAUUUUAGCUGGAAGAAGGAGGUACUUCGGUCAUAAACCCACCAUCCGCCCAAACGGAAAAAAGUUGAACCGGUUGUUCAUGAAUAAAAAUAAUAUGACGUGGGAAGAAUUUGCCUCUCGAGUUCGAACUUCCCAGGUAGGCUUCAUGGGAGAGCCAAAUGAGUUGAAGCCUGGCAGAGGUGAAUUUCACGAGAAUCCAACAUCUUGCAUAUGUCAAAACUCAGAGUCGGAGGUAAAAAUUGAGGUCCUUUCCAAUCCCCAAAUUCAAACUCGUGACAGCCAUGAAGGUGAUAGUAAGACAGAAAACAGGACGGAAGAGCAGUUUACCGAGGAAGAGCAGGAGUGGUCCGAUGUAGAUUAUUCAAACAGUAGAAAUCAGAUUCAGCUCAAAGGAACUAGAACGGAUUCACUCCCUCUUCAAAUGGGAACGGACCAAGCUGAAUUGCAAGAAUUCUUCUCAGAUUAG